AUGCAAAAGGCAAUGAAAAGCGCAGAAUAUAUAAAAGCUAAUAAUGACUGGUUAGAUGCCCAAGCCAACGCCAAAGCAGCCCAACUUAUAGGGUCAAUAAGGACAAAAAUACAAGCGGAUGAAGACAGUUCAAAUGAAGCUUUAAUGAAUGCUGACUUUAAGAAUGCCUUCGAAGCUCUUCAUAGUAAGGUGAAACUAGUGAACGACUUCUCAUCUGGAAAGAAACUGAAGUCUGAAGGUUUCGACAAAGAGUUAAGAGAAGUAGCACAAAAUAUGACGAAAAUAACAGAUGCAGCAACGAGACAGGCAGUUCAAAGUGCCUAUGACGCCGUUAGAGCAACUGUUGUGGAAAGUCAAGAAAAAGAGUUACAACAGACCAAAACAGACCUAGUAAAUGCUUUCUUAAAAACGAAAAGUCAGGUAGGACAUUAUGCUGCAGAUGGAACAUAUGUGCCAGCUGGUGGAACUUAUAUACCAGCUGGUGGAACUUAUAUACUAGCUAGUGGAACUUAUAUACCACCAAACCCUCCAAGAGAAGCACCUGCACCAGGACUACCUAAAACAUUUACAUCGUCACAUGGACACAGACACAGGCAUGCACCAAAACCAACACAACAACCAACAGUUCAAAAUCCAGCACAACAACAACAACCAACAGUUCAAAAUCCAGCACCACAACCAACAGUUCAAAACACUGCACAGCAACCAACAGUUCAAAACCCUGCACAACAACAACCACAACCAGAGCAAGGACAUAAAAGAAGUAGAGAACAAGGAAACCAAGAAUUCUUAAAAAUGCUUAAGGAAGAUUAUGGUUACCCAGAUACUCUUGACUUUAGUGACAGAUAUAAAGAAGCUAUUAGAAAGUUCAAGGAAGGAAAUACUGACCCGAACCUAUUUAGCUUUAUGGUUCAGCACCAAAUGGGAUAUAAUUUCAAACCUGGAAAAUACAAACUCGCUAAGGGAUAUGAUUUAAUAGCAUAUCAUCCAAAUGACAUGAAUGAAUUUACUCCAAGAUAUUUGGUGUCAGAGAUAAAUGAUAAUUCAACUCUCUUCAUGAAACGCGUAAAAAAUAGAGACGGAACGAAAGAAGAAAGGCUUAUGAAUGCGGAUGACUUAAAUAGGGAACUUGUUGAAAACGGUCUCGGAAUAUAUGAAAUGCCAGCAGAUGAGGUACAAGAAACUCAACAGGAAGAAGUUCAGAUACAACCAGACAUGGAAGAAAUAGUUCAGCAACAACAGCUAGAAGAGCCUGAAGGAAACGAACAA